CACCCAGCGCCGGCGCCCCGCGGUGCGCGACCCGCGCGGGGACCCGCCGCCCUCACGGCGCCGACACCCAGGCGCGCCCGCGCGCGUGCCCGUCCUCGCCUGGAAACGCCGCUGAAGAUGGCGAGUCUGGCGCCCCUGGAGCACGCCAAGGAAGGAUGCCCGGCUCCGGCUGCCGCGGAGCAGGAGCCGCCGCCGCGGGCUCGGGAGGAGGAGCAGGGGGAGGCAGCGCCGGAGGAAGAGGAGGCGGCUGUGGCUGCGGGGCCGCAGGUGGAGGAGGCCGCCACGGUGACCUGGCUGCUCGGGGAGCCGGUGCUGUGGCUGGGCUGCCGCGCCCAGGAGCUUCUGAGCUGGAAGAGGCCGCUGCGCACCUUGCUCGGCUUCGUCGGGGCUAACCUGCUGUUCUGGUUCCUUGCAUUGACUCCAUGGAGAGUGUACCACCUGGUUGCCAUCACGAUACUUGGGCGUGUUAUUAUGCAGAUCAUAAAGGAUAUGGUCCUGUCCAGAAAGAGAGGUGCGCAGUUGUGGAGGAGCCUCAGCGAAAGCUGGGAAGUUAUCAAUUCCAAACCAGAUGAAAGACCCCGGCUCAGCCACUGUAUUGCAGAAUCAUGGAUGAAUUUCAGCAUAUUUCUUCAAGAAAUGUCUGUUUUCAAACAGCAGAGCCCUGGCAAGUUUUGUCUCCUGGUCUGCAGUGUGUGCACAUUUUUUAUGAUCUUGGGAAGUUACAUUCCUGGGGUUAUACUCAGCUAUCUCCUCCUACUGUGUGCCUUUUUGUGUCCACUGUUUAAGUGUAAUGAUAUGGGACAAAAGAUAUACAGCAAAAUCAAGUCAGUUCUGCUGAAACUGGAUUUUGGAAUUGGAGAAUAUAUUAACCAGAAGAAGCGUGAGAGAUCUGAAGCAGACAAAGAAAAAAGUCACAAAGAUGACAGUGAAUUAGACUUUUCAGCUCUUUGUCCUAAGAUUAGCCUGAGGGCGGCUGCCAAGGAGUUGUCCGUGUCCGACACAGAUGUGUCCGAGGUCUCCUGGACUGACAACGGGACCUUCAACCUUUCAGAAGGGUACACGCCGCAGACAGACACUUCGGAUGAUCUUGACCGACCUAGUGAGGAGGUUUUCUCUCGAGGCCUUUCAGAUUUUCCAUCUCUAGAAAAUGGCAUGGGAACAAACGAUGAAGAGGAACUAAGCCUCGGCUUGCCCACUGAGCUCCAGAGAAAGAAGGAACAGUUGGACAGCGGUCUCAGACCCAGCAGAGAGAGGCAGUCAGCGGCUGGUCUCACUCUUCCUCUGAGCAGUGACCAAACCUUUCAACUGAUGAGCAGCCUGGCGGGGGACGUCAUCACAGCGGCAGUGACUGCUGCUAUCAAAGACCAGAUGGAGGGCGUGCAGCAAGCCCUCCUCUCUCAGCCUGCGCCCAGCCCAGGGGAGGACGCAGACACCGAAGAAGGGGAUGACUUUGAACUCCUUGACCAGUCAGAGCUCGAUCAGAUUGAGAGUGAAUUGGGACUUUCACAAGACCAGGAAGAAGCGCAGCAAAAUAAGAAGUCUUCAGGCUUCCUUUCCAAUCUACUGGGAGGCCAUUAGUCUGGAAUCAGCUUGCACGACAGAGCACAGAUAAACUACCAAAAAAUUUCAAACAAGGAAAAAAAAAAAGGAAAAUAUGUUUUUGAACUGUGAGCUUUACUGAUUACUUUAGAUUAUUUUGUCUUAUUUUCCCUUCUGCAGUGAAUUAAUUGGAUAUGUAUCAGCUGACACUGAUAGAUUGAUAUCUCUGAUAGUUGUUUUUAUGUAAUGAGCAUGAAAAUGAAAAAUAUAUAUAUACAGUUGACCCUUGAACAAACGGGUUUGAACUGCACAGGUCCACUUUUGGGGGGAUUAUUUUCAAUAAAUACUAUAAAUGUAUUUUCUCUUCCUUAUAAUUUUCUUAGACAUUUUUGUUUUUCUAGCUUUUUUUAAAGAAUAUAGUAUAUAAUUCAUAUACAAUAAGUGUUGAUCAACUGUUUAUGUUAUUAGGCUUCUGAUCAAUGGUAGGCUAUUAGUAGUUAAGUUUUGGGGGAAGGCAAAGAUACAUGCAGAGUUUUGACUAUGCCCCUGACCCCCGCAUUGUUCAAGGGUCAAUUGUGUGUGUAUAUACACACACAUGCAAACAUACACAUACAUCUAUAGACAUAUACAUACAUACUAUGCUUUCAGAGAUGAAUAUUAGGGGUUGUUUUUAAAGCAAAAUGAAAGCACCAAAUUAUUGACAUCCUUCCAUAAAAUUACUCCUUAUGUUUUCUUUACAAUUACUUUUUCAAGCAUGCAAAAACAGUUUAUUGUAACUCACAGAAAUAUUAACAAUUAAUCGUGAAUACAUGCUGUAUCAGCUCCUUCGUUCCUAAUACUUAGAAACAGAUAAACCUUUUUGAUAUUUUGUUGUAAGAAGACAAAAAUGAUCAGAUAGGGCAUCUUUAGUUGCAGGACUUGGGAAAUAAUAUCAAAAUUAAUUUCCUAGGAAAAAAUUCUUAAAAUAUAUUUAACUCCUUGGGAUAAGCUGGUACAUCUCCAUGUUAUUUCGGUAGUUGUAGACUUAGGCUUCCAUCUACAUGGCAUGCUUUGUAGACUGCCAGCUGUGGUCCUGCCGUGGGUGGUAGUAACCCAUCGAAAGCAAGUAAUUAUAUAUCAUGUAGACGGUGGUUUUGACGUAAACAGAUUGAGCUAUGUUUUUGCGGUUAAAUUGUCUUACAUUUGUAAUAGGGUUACUGUGAGUGCAGAUCUGUUCUGUCUGCUCAGGUGUAGGUUAAGCCCUCAUGUUUGAUAUAGUGUCAUGGAAACUGUGUCUUAAAAUCCCGAAACUAGUUCCCAGUCUGUUCUGUGAGUGAUGUGGCCAGCAGCAGUGGAGCGACAGUAACUGCUUCUGUGGUUUGUAUAGACUCUCCUACAGGAGAAAAACUAGCUUGGCUUUCAGGUGUAUUUAUUUGCCAUUGAAGUCUAAAUAUUUAAUCUGUUUCUCAUUGGGAAGCUAGAAUAUAUUUUUCCAUUAUUUUAAACUUUUUAGGUCACCUUUAAAUAACCAGAUUUGACUUGUGUUUUUUAACAAAGGACUAAAAGAGCAGAAAUCAAGCUCAUUUUGUUUUUGUGACACAACUUUUACUCGUGUUGAGGGACCAUGCCAGCAACAGCAACCAACAAUCUCUUCAAUCUUCAGGUUCAGCUGGCAUUUCUACAGAUGCCUCCAGACAUCUGAGACCCUCAGAAAGGAAGGAUAAUCCAAGAAUAUAGGAAAUCUGUGGUCCCUUCUGUCCGUUUUAUCCCUUUCCUUAUAUUUCUAAAGACUACUUGUAGGUAAUCUGACAUUUUAAUGUAGCAUGUCUUAUUUAUUUUUUCUUUCUGAGGUAUUAAAAUAUCUAGACUGAAUUUUGCCAAAUGUUAAAGGGGGAGAAGUCACCGAAGACUUCGAACGCCUGCUUUUUGUGAUUGACUAUGCUUCUGUCGUUAGUGCCUCCUGACUGUGUUUGAUGUCCUUCACCGACACAAAGUGAGCCUGUGCCUUCAUUAUCUUGCCCAUUUUGGAACAAAUGAAAACUUGGUGUUAGAUCUAUGAACUGUGUGCUUUUGGGAGGAAUAUACCUGAAUUCUAUCCAAUAAGUCUCUGGACAUGAAAAAAAAUACAGUCACAUAUUUAUAAAAUA